CAUCAUAAGAAUAUUGAAUUAUUAAAGGAGUUUAGUUGAGUUGAGUUUGACUCAAGAAAAAUUAAAUGAUGGGGAAGAAGAAGCAGAUUAUUCACCUCUUGUUGCUGUCUCUACUGCUACUCUUGGGUGGUUCUGCGGCGGCGGCGGGGACCGGUGGCGGUGGGGGGAGGAACAAAGAUAAAGAGGCGGAGUUCAUGUUGCGGGAGGAGGAAGAGGCGGCAAGAACGGAGGCGGGAGUCAUCAGAGUGGUGAGAGGCGGCGGCGGCGGCGGUGAGAAGAAGGCGAUGGAUAUUGGGUUCAUCACUAUGGAGCCUAAAAGCUUGCUCCUCCCUCACUUUCUUGAUUCCCACCUCGUCCUCUUCCUUCCCUUAGGGGAAGCAAGAAUAGGGCAUGUUUACAAGGAUGAGUUGGUGGAAAAAGAGUUGAAGUCCGGCGAUAUCUACACCAUCGAAGCGGGCUCCGCUUUCUAUUUGGUGAACACCGCCGAGGGCCAACGACUCCGUGUCAUUUGCAGCAUUGUUAGGGGCUCCGAUCACUCCCUCCCCUCCCCUUCUUUCCAGCCUUACUUCAUCGGUGGCGGAGCACAUCCAACCUCUGUCCUCUCUGGGUUUGAUUUCAAGACGCUAUCAACUGCAUUCAAUGUGUCGGGGACAGAUCUCACGAAACUUCUAAGGGCAAAUCUGUCCGGUCCAAUCGUGCCAUUAUCGAAACACUCGCAAUCCUCAGAUGCGUGGGACUGUUUUAUGAACCUGAAACAGGAAGAGAGACUGGCUCGAUUGAAGAGGUUCGCGGGUGUUGGUCGUGAAGAUGAUGACAACGAGCGAAGCUGGCGAUGGGCUUUCAAGAAGGCAUUGGUGAUGACAAAGAUGAUGUUGGGUCCCUUUAGCAACAAGGAAGAAAGUGGGAGCAACAAGGAAGAAAGUGGGAGCGGGGAGGCCUCCGAAUCGUACAAUAUCUUCGAAGCCGAACCGGACUUCAGCAAUGACUACGGAUGGAGUCUAGCUGUUGGUGGAGACGAUUACUCGUCUCUCAAGCUCCCCGACAUCACUGUUUACCUCGUCAAUCUAUCCGCGGGAUCGAUGAUGGCGCCACACAUAAACCCAAGAGCGAGCGAGUACGGGGUCGUGCUGAGAGGGACAGGAGAGGUACAAAUAGUGUUCCCCAACGGGACAUUGGCCAUGAAAGCCCAAGUGGAGGAAGGGGACGUGUUCCUGGUGCCGCGGUUCUUCCCCUUCUGCCAGAUCGCAUCGAGGAACGGCCCGUUCGUGUUCUUCGGCUUCACAACGUCAGCCCGAGACAACGGGCCGCAAUUCCUGGCGGGUCAGGGGUCGGUGCUGCAGCUGUUGAAAGGGCGGGAGUUGGCCACCGCUCUUGGCGGGUUGAGCAAAGAGAAGCUCGACAGUAUUCUUGAAGCUCAAAGUGAAAGUACCAUCUUGCCCCCGGCCACCGCUUCCCCAUCAGUGCAACAGGUGCUUAAGAUGAUAUGAUGAUGCCAAGAAGGUCGCGUGGAUAUGUUUGUGCCGUUUCAUCUUCUGAUCCCUUACAGACUAGUUUAAAGCUUGUAUGGUUGUUUCAACUUUGAACUUUCUAUGUUCAAUCUUUUUCUUUUCUUUCUUGUUCGUUAAUAGUUCGUUCUCUUUGGGUGUCAACUUCUACUUCUGCUUGAUUGCCACUAUUAAAAAGACACUAAUUCA